AUGAUGCUAACCGUGCGACCGCCGUCGAGGUACCUCGCUCUCGCGGUAGGCGUGGUGCUCAUGGUGCUCAUGCUCGUGGUGCUCCAGAAGGCGAAGGUGGUCGACAUGUCGUCGACCCUCGAGGCGGUGGUGAUGCCCCAGAGCUACUCCGGGCCGGCCAUCGAGCACGACCUCGGCCAUAAGCUCGCCAACAUCCACUUCUCAAUUCCCGAGCUAUCCGACGACACCAUCCACAUGUACGGCGACGACGAGUGUGAGGUGGAAAACGUCGACAUCCGCGUCAGCCCGCCCACAGACGUUGACGAGCUGAUCGAGCUGAUCUUGGUGGCGUGGCAGCGGCUGAAGUCGACCUAUUUCCAGGAGAUUUCCACCCUCAUCAAUAAGGACCACAACCUCGACGACCAGCUCCGAGAAGGCACCAUCUCCAAGCACUGGUACCGCUUCGCAGGCCUGCUGGUUUGGCUUGAGGACUACCGGGUGCACAUGAUGAUCCUGCGACUCAUCUAUACCCCCUCCGGCAAUAAGCAGACGCCGUUGUUUUCGUUAACGUUGGUCCACUUGUAUGACCCUAAUUGGAAGCCGGUGGAGGCGACGUUGGCAGUCCCCGAUGGCUACGGCAACUGGCACACUCAAUCGUACCCCCAGAUUGUCCCCAUCCCCUUUUACCACGACGUAAACCGGCAGAACAAGCGCUACUACGGACCCGAGGACCCGCGGAUUUUGAUGGUGAACAACGAGGAAGGCUACCAGGAGCCGAUGUUGGUGUUCAACAUGCACACCGAGGACUUCUCGGUGGAAAAGACGGACAAGGCCAAGGGCAUCUAUAAACAUCACCGGCUGAUGUAUGUGGCGUGGCCGUGGCAAACUCAGGAGGGCAAAGGUGAUAUUGAUAACGGCAAGACGAAGACGGGCCAGUUCACGCGUACGUCGCGGCUUUCCAUCGACGGCGAGCGCCCGAAAGAGAACGAAAAGAACUGGACGCCGUUUAUCGACGGCCACAACUCGCUGGUAUACUUCGUGUACCGGUGGGACCGGUUUGAAGUGCUUGAGUGCCCCUUAGGGUCUCGUGAGCUCACUAAGGAUGCCACCACCUGUCAAUUAAUUAAAGAAAAAGACUCUGGGCCUAAACGGGUCGGGGCAUUGCGUGGAGGUACUGAGCUUUUAAGUUUCGCUAGUCUUGGCUACCCGGAAGCGUCAGGGUGGCUUGGUAUUGCUCGCGCUCACUUAAAGGACUGUGGGUGUUCCCCCCACAUGUACCGUCCCAAUAUUGUGGUGAUAGAUCGCAAGCCCGAAGGGGAGUUCUAUCUUCGAGCGGUGCUGGGUUUCGCCGACUGGAAACUCGACGUUGCCGGCUUCUAUGACGACGAUGCCAAGUGCGGCCAGCUGCUGGUGCUCAUCCCCAACGGUUUCAGUCGGUACCACCCGGCGGCAGACUUGAUGGAGGUGACGUACUCCAUUGCCGAUAAAACGGUGCUGCGACUUUCUCUCCAAGGGUUAGUGAGUCAAUUGGCCAACUUCGGCAAGGGCGGCGACGUCUUGAAGUGUGGCAUGGACGCGCUGUGGAAGUACUGCGAUGUGUGGGGAGACAAGUACGGGGAAAAGAAGAAAGAAGACGAGGAGAAGGAGAAGGAGGAGGAGGAGAAAAACAAGGACAAUGACAACAAGGAAUAG